UCCUUUGCCCUCCUCUCCGAUUUCAUUUAGGAGAACGUGGGGGCCAUUUGAACAGACUGUUCUUUGGGGGCAUUUUUCCUGCUGUCAAGUAUAAGGCUCACUUACCAUUUUGAAGCUUGAAUCUCCAAACCAAAACAACAUGUGGAAAAAGAGUUUUCUCAUGUUGCUUUUCGCUCUUUCAGUUCAGAAGGCUGCACUGGAUUGUGAAAGAAUGAGAAAAACAAAUGAAUUCCCUUCUCCAAAUUUGAACUCACAAAUGGAUGCAGUCAUGAGGGGUCAGAAUGUAUCUCUAUCUUGUUUCAACCAGAACAAAUCACUGCGGAUCACCUAUUUCUUGUUUCGGGGUGAGAAAUGCCUGAGCACCCAGAAUGGACCCAUGACUUUUAACCUAACAAUCUCAGAAGCCCGUGACUUGGGCCCCUACAAAUGCAAAGCCCAAGUUUCUGACUGUUCAAAAUACAGUCGUGAGUUCAACUUCACAUUUGUCGAUCCAGUGACUGCACCGGUGCUGAACAUCAGUGUUGUUCAAACAAAAACAGACAGAUACGUAAUGCUACGCUGCAUCUCAUUCAACGGCUCUCUGCCCAUCAAUUAUACUUUCUUUGAAAAAAACAUGGCCAUAUCACCAGUUAUCUCCAAGAAUGUAAGGGAGCCUGCUGAAUUUAACUUAACCAAGAAUAACACUGGAGAAGGGAAAGAGUAUAGGUGUGAAGCUAAAAACAGAUUGCCUGACCAUGCAAAAUACAGUCAACUCAUCACCAUACCCUCAACAGGAGGAGAGAGCUGUCCUUUCUGCCUGCAGCUACUGCUUCUGGGGUUUCUGCUUCUGGUGCUAAUAGUAAUAAUCCUAAUUCUGGCAUUUUGGACGCUACCAAAGUACAAAGCAAGAAAAGCUAUGAAAGAUAAUGCACCCAGAGUCUAUGGAAAUACACCCGUGGAAGAUGGAAUAUAUACAAAUAUCUGUAAAAAUCAAGCAGGGACUGAAUACUCUCAGGAGAUACAUUAUGCCACCCCCAUGUUCCAGGAGGUGGCACCGAGAGAUCAGGAAACCUGUAAUGAUUGUAAAACUGGAUAUGUCUAUUCUGAACUCAUCUUCUGAGAUUUAAAGAUAGAAACUACAUCUCAGGGUUUUUCUUACAAUCUGGAGAUCAGAAAACUACUGCUGCUGUUACCGCUGUUGCCUCUGCCACAACUGCCUCACCCAGAAACUGGAGCCCAAUGGAGUGUGGAGUUAUGCCACUGGAGACAGUUGCUUUUCAGUGGAAACCAUCACCUCCCUUCUACUUUCCAGGUCCCAUGUACAUGCAUCUAAUUGGUAGAAGAUAUUCACAGCCAUGCCCUGGCAGCAAAGGAACUGUAAUUUUUCAGGUUUCAGACCCCACCAAAUAGAAGAAGGGUUAUGAUGUGGCUUAAGAGAACCAAUCAAAAUAGCUACCACACUAGACAAAAUAUCAAUCAAGACU